AUAAUGUCAAAAGUAGGAGUGAAUCAUAACCUGUGCAAGUAUGUCUUGGAUAAAAAGUCUCGACAUGUUCCAUAUUCCCAUCAAAAUCAUCGUCUUCUUCAACUUUUUCACAUUUCUCAUUCUUUGGGGAUUGAAUUGAACAAUGCAGAUAGAUUCCUAUAUUAGAACAUAUGCCCGUAUGAUCACUAUGUCGCCAUCUCUAGGCAGGGGAUGGAACAGGCACUAAUUCUGCGACGCCUAAGACCAAUGAAAGGAUCGAGACCGAGGCUCAUUUGCAUACGGACCGCAGCAUACGGAUCCGGCCCCGUGUAUAAAAAGGAAAGGUUCUCGCUGGCCAUUCACAGUAUCCAAAGAAUAUUUGCUUGACAUACUCGUUUCGCUGCAUCUUUACAGACCAGAAAACCUCAAUUCAUCAUGGCUCCAACAGCUCAAGUUGCUAAGAAAGGCUCCAAGAAGGCAGUCAAGGCACCUCGGCCCAGCGGUGGCAAGAAGAGGAACAGGAAAAGGAAGGAGAGUUAUGGAAUCUACAUCUACAAAGUCCUCAAGCAGGUUCAUCCAGAUACCGGCAUCUCCAGUCGGGCCAUGGUCAUCAUGAACAGCUUCGUCAACGACAUCUUCGAGCGAAUUGCCGGCGAAUCUUCCCGCCUCGCUCAGUACAACAAAAAGUCAACCAUCAGCAGUCGCGAGAUUCAGACCGCCGUCCGCCUCAUUCUCCCCGGAGAGCUGGCAAAGCACGCUGUGAGCGAGGGUACCAAGGCAGUGACGAAAUACACUACCUCCAAGUAGACAGGUCAUAUCCUGCUCUAAUUGGACAUAAUACAACGGCCCUUUUCAGGGCCACACAAAUAAUCAAGAAAGAAUGAUAUCCGUAGUAAUGUAGCGUAGUUGUUUAUUAAAUAAAUAAUGUGUAUAACGAAUAUAAGAUAUAAUCAAGAUUACACAAUAGUAUGUAAUAAUAUUAGCCCUAUAUAAAUCUCACUCUAUAAAUCUAGACUAGAGCAUAAAGUGUAGUCAUGAUGGUCGGAAGGAAGACGAAAAUAGUUGAUUAAUUAAAUAAAAAAGAAAUACAA